ACUAGGCACCGGCAUGCAGAGUAAUAUGGUCCGGAAAAAGAACCCCCCUCUGAGAAACGUUGCUAGUGAAGGCGAGGGUCAAACCCUGGAGCCAAUAGCUACAGAAAGCAAGGUAUCUGGAAAGAACAAAGAAUUUUCUGCAGAUCAGAUGUCAGAAAAUACAGAUCAGAGUGAUGCUGCAGAACUGAACACGAAAGAGGAACACAGCGUGCAUGGCCAAGAGCCAUCUUCCAGCAGUAAGAAGGACUUGCAAAUCUCAGGCCUGAGUGAGAAGGCUGGCUUCAAUUAUGAAAGCCCCAGUAAGGGAGGAAACCUUGCCUCCUUCCCACAUGAUGAGGUAACAGACAGAAAUAUGUUGGCUUUCUCAUCUCCAGCUGCUGGGGGAGUCUGCGAGCCCUUGAAGUCUCCUCAAAGAGCAGAGGCAGAUGACCCUCAAGAUAUGGCCUACACCCCAUCAGGGGAUUCAUUAGAGACAAAGGAAGAACAUAAAAUGUCACCAAAGGCUACUGAGGAAACAGGGCCAGUGCAGAGUGGUCAAGCCAAUUGUCAAGGUUUGAGUCCAGUUUCCGUGGCCUCAAAAAACCCACAAGUGCCUUCAGAUGGGGGUGUCAGACUGAGUAAACCCAAAACUGACUUACUGGUGAAUGACAACCCAGACCCGGCACCUCUGUCUCCAGAGCUUCAGGAUUUUAAAUGCAAUAUCUGUGGAUACGGUUACUAUGGCAAUGACCCCACAGAUCUGAUUAAGCACUUCAGAAAGUAUCACUUAGGACUGCAUAAUCGCACCAGGCAGGAUGCUGAGCUGGACAGCAAAAUCCUGGCCCUUCAUAACAUGGUGCAGUUCAGCCAUUCCAAAGACUUCCAGAAGGUCAACCGCUCUGUGCUUUCUGGCGUGCUGCAGGAUAUCAGCUCUUCACGGCCUGCUUUACUAAACGGGACCUAUGACGUACAGGUCACGUCAGGUGGAACAUUCAUUGGCAUUGGGCGGAAAACUCCAGAUUGUCAAGGCAACACCAAGUAUUUCCGCUGCAAAUUCUGCAAUUUUACUUAUAUGGGCAACUCAUCAACUGAACUAGAACAACACUUUCUUCAGACUCAUCCGAAUAAAAUAAAAGUGUCUCUCCCCUCCUCCGAGGGUGCGAAGACCUCAGAGAAGAACUCUAACAAAUCCAUCCCUGCGCUUCGAGCCAGUGACUCUGGAGACGUAGGAAAGUGGCAGGACAGGAUCACAGUCAAAGCGGGAGAUGACACCCCUGUCGGCUACUCAGUGCCCAUCAAGCCUCUCGAUUCCUCAAGACAAAAUGGUACAGAGUCCACCAGUUAUUACUGGUGCAAAUUUUGUAGUUUCAGCUGCGAGUCAUCUAGUUCACUUAAGCUGCUAGAACAUUAUGGCAAGCAGCAUGGAGCAUUGCAGUCAAGCGGCCUUAAUCCAGAGUUGAAUGACAAGCUUCCCAGGGGCACUGUCAUUAAUCAGAAUGAUCUAGGCAAAAGUGUAGAAGGAGAGCCAUUGACCAAGCCAGAAAAGGGCUUGGGUGGGGCUAAAAAGAAGGACUUCCCCAGCAAGGGAGCAGAGGAUAAUAUGGUAACAAGCUAUAACUGUCAGUUCUGUGACUUUAGAUAUUCCAAAAGCCAUGGCCCUGAUGUGAUUGUAGUGGGUCCACUUCUCCGUCAUUACCAACAGCUCCAUAACAUCCACAAGUGUACCAUUAAGCACUGUCCAUUCUGUCCCAGAGGUCUUUGCAGCCCAGAAAAGCACCUUGGCGAAAUUACUUAUCCAUUUGCUUGUAGAAAGAGUAAUUGUUCCCACUGUGCGCUCUUGCUGUUGCACUUGUCUCCCGGGGUGGCCGGCAGUUCCAGAGUCAAACACCAAUGCCACCAGUGUUCCUUCUCUACCCCCGAUGUAGAUGUGCUACUCUUUCACUAUGAGACCAUGCAUGAGUCCCAAGCUUCGGAGGUCAAACAAGAGGCAAACCACCUGUUAGGAUCUGAUGGGCAGCAGGCUGUCAAGGAAAGCAAGGAACACUCGUGCACUAAAUGCGAUUUUAUAACCCAGGUGGAAGAAGAGAUUUCGAGACACUACAGGAGAGCACACAGCUGCUACAAAUGUCGCCAGUGCAGUUUCAUAGCUGCUGACACUCAGUCACUAUUGGAGCACUUCAACACGGUUCACUGCCAGGAACAGGAAAUCACUACCGCUAAUGGCGAAGAGGAAGGCCACGCCAUACCCACCAUCAAAGAAGAGCCCAAAAUUGACCUCAAGGUCUACAGUCUGCUAAAUCCAGACUCUAAAAUGGGAGAGACAGUUCCCGAGAGCAUAGUCAAGAGGGAGAAACUUGACGACAAGGAAGGGCUGAAAGAUAAAGUCUGGACCGAGAGUGCCACCGAUGACCUUCGUGGUGUGGCUUGGAGAGGAGCUGACAUCCUACGGGGCAGUCCGUCCUACACUCAAGCAAGCUUAGGGCUCUUGACACCGGUGUCCACCUCCCAAGAGCAGACGAAGACUCUGAGGGACAGCCCCAACGUUGAAGCUGCGCACCUGGCACGACCCAUGUAUGGCUUGGCAGUCGAUACCAAGGGCUUCCUGCAAGGGGCGCCUGCUGGCGGUGAGAAGUCUGCAUCCCUCACGCAGCAGUAUCCUGCUUCUGGAGAAAGCAAGACCAAGGAUGAAUCCCAGUCGCUGUUACGGGUAGGAAGGUUUCCUUUUUAA